AACAGCAAGUAUAUUAAAAAUUUUUCUUUGCAAAAAGCUUAAAAAAUGCAUUGAAGAUUGUUGAAUUAAUUUGCAAAUAAAAUAAAUUUUAACGAAUAAAGAAGUCAAGUUAUUUAUACAAAUAAGGACAAAGCAUUGAUUUUGCUAAAACACAACACAACGAAAUGUCUCAAAGUACGGCUGGUACUGGAGGCGUCAGUAGGCGUGAACUGAUAGACCACACAGCGGUUGGUGUAGGUAUUAUUAAUAAUACCAUAACUGCUAGAUAUGGUGCUGGCGAUACAGAAUGGGAAGCUCGAGAGUCUCAGCGUCAAAGGGAAUUGGAAGAGGCACGCGCUAGAGCAGCACAAAUGGAAAAGACUAUGAAGUGGUGGUCAGAUUGCACUGCCAAUUGGCGGGAAAAAUGGAGUAAGGUGCGUAACGAACGCAAUAAAGCCCGAGAAGAAGCAAAACAAUUAAGAGCUAAUCUUGAGAUGUCCAUGAAAGAAGCCAACUCGUAUAAGAGAGAGAAAAAUGAUCUGGAAAUGCAAAUAUCCCAACUUAAAAAAGAAAUGGAAAAAGUUCAUUCGCUGAUGAUGAAACAUGCUGGACAAUUUCAUAAGACGGGAAUGGCAGAUACUGGAGAAGAAAAUGAAGCUAAUAGUAGAGAUGCCAAUUGUUCUCCAGAUAUAUCUUCGGAUGGUUUAAAGAAUGUCAAUAGCGAAGAUGGUUUAGUUACUAAGGCAGCAGCUGGUGGUGAACUUAAAGAUCUUGAUAUUGAAGAAUAUGUUCUAAAAGGUGCUGUACAUAAAAAUUUAUCCGAUUUGGAUGAAGUUUCCGCUGAGGAAAAACGAUUAAUUCAACAAUUAUCAAAAGAUGAAUUCGAUGAAGAUUACUUAUUGCAAAAAAUAUCGAUGUUACAAUUACGCUUAGAUGAGGCACAAAAAACUGUGCAAGCAGAAAGAGACGAAAAACAUAUACUACAUAAAAACAUUGAGAAGCUAUCAUUAGAAAUACAAGAAGUUCGAGAACGUCAAGAAGAAUUACGCUCAGCUAAACAGGAAGCAGUUCGAGAACUAUUAACUCUACAAGAAUCUCAUCGCGCCGAAAUGCGUAUUAUAAACAAUUCUCUGCAAGAAGAAAUAGCAGCACGCGAGAAUCUUGAACGUCGUUUAAGUGAAUUACGUACUGAAUUGGAACGUUUGCAAGUGGAAAAUGCCUCGGAAUGGGGUAAACGUGAACGUUUAGAAACGGAAAAAUUGGCUUUGGAACGCGAUAAUAAAAAAUUACGAACUGAACUUCGAGAUUUUCAAGAACGUUCCGAUCGCAAAGGAAGACCUAUGCAAGCAACCGACGCAGAAAAUCGUGCUCUCCAGCAAGAGUUAGCUGAUCGCAGUAAGGAAUUAAGCGAACUCAAAAUAUCACAUUCCAAAUUAAAGAAACUGUUAUCUGAAACCAAUACCGAACUGGGUCAUGCAGUAAGACGUGCUGAACAAUACGAAGCCGAGGUCAAACGUCUACGUCAACGUGUUGAAGAAUUAAAGCGAGAGCUGGCUGCAGCUGAAGAUGAAUUAGAUUCAGCAGUAAAUCAAGUGAGACGUCUACAACGCUCUAAUGAUGAAUUAGUCGGUCAAAAUGAAGGAUUGCAAGUACAGAUACAACAUCUACAAACCAGACGUGCACCUAGUCCACAAAUGCGCGGAAGUUUUAAUGGUGUACAAUUGCGUAAUAAAAUAGCAGUUGAAUUACCAAGUGAUUGUUUGCCAAACAUUAAUGAUUUACGUCAGAUAUUCGAUGAUGGUUCGGCGCAAAGUAAUAUCGGGUUACGUCAUUCAACUGGCGCUGAACCAUCAUCCAAGCGUUCCAGUCACACGGAACGUACUCUCUUGCAACAACAGCAAGCGAAUUGUUUUUUCGAUGCGAAAACAUCACAUGUUGAAGAGAAUAUAUUUGAAGCAAAAAGUCGUAAUCUAGAAUUUGAAAGGGCUAAGCAAAAAUUUGAUAAUCCAACGCAUUUGCAACAUCAACAUCAUCACCACCAGCGCGAACAACGUGAACGUUCAUCUGGAAGAUAUGGUCCAAAUAAUAGCAGUGGUAGUGGUGGUGUUGGAAUGGGAAAUGGCAGUGGCAGUAAUGGUUCUACUGCUGCCAAUCCAUUAAGUACUCCAAAUAGUCGAGCUAAUUUGGCUCUACCUUUGAAAACUACCACAGCUAUGAGUGGCCAGAGCAGCGGAAAUUCCAAUUCAAAUUUGAAUUCGAAUUCAUCAAAUCUUUCCAAAGACGAUAUAAAUCGGCAGUUAUUUGAAGAUCAUUCACGUUCUUCGACGGUUGGUGGUAGCGGUGCUGGUGCAACAAGUGCUGAUGCAAAAUUUUACCAAAAAGAUAAUUCCAAUUCAACUGCAACUGGUGGUGGCAAUUAUUCACGCAACAGCAUUAAUUUGGAUGGUCUAAAAGUAUCUGAUGAUGAGUAAACGAACGAUAUUUUUCUUUCUUGCAAUCACUUGUUUAGACUCCGUAAUUAUGGUUCAACUAGUUUACUGCUUGACGAAGAAACCGAAGGAAACAGUGAAUAAGGGAUUAUAAAACAUAUUUUGGGACUUUGCUAUGUUAUUUUAAAUAACUCUCUCUCUCGUACAUUUAAGUGCAUAAAAUAAGUAUUAAUGGAAUAUAAAAGAUUUUUAUUAAUUUUGUUCCAUUUUAAAUUAAUUUACAAUUAAGUAUUAUUUCAAAAACGAAAUAUAAAUUAUAAAUAUGCUACAAUUAUGGGCAAUAAAAUAAAUACCUUUUUUUCCUCAUUUAUGAACCAAUUUUCACCCUUAGAAUAUUAGAAGAAGCUAUUCCAAUAAAAACAGAAUAUAAAUUUAGAUUAAAUGGAAAACAAACAGAUAAAAUAUCAUUUCGAAUCAACAUACAGAAUAGGAAUGUAUAUAUUUUAUUGCCUAUAACUGUAGUUUAACAAUUUUAUUAUUAAUAAGUAUAUAAAAUAUUUAAGUUCUAUAAUUCACUAUACCAUAAGAUUUUUUAUAAAAUUAAUAUGUAGUUAUAUUUUCAUUCCUAUUUUCUACAGACAUACAUACAUAUAAAAAUAUUUAAUAAAAGUAGACCUUAAUAUUAUGUGAA